UCAUAUUUGCAUUCUCUUUUGUGAAGAUAAGAAUUUAUUCUUGGAAAGGGCUGAUUCCACCCAAGUGUUUACCAUCUAGCUUAUGAAGCCACCUAAUCUGUCCCAUCGCCAUUUUCAUCUCCGACCGCCGGUAACAGAAACAAUUUCCACUCCUUCAAUCACCAUGUUGAAGUUCAAUACAUGGCCCAACACAACCCCAACCGUAACCCUAUUCAAUCUCAAGUGCUUAACCUCCCCACAACCAUCACCAUCACCAUCACCAUCCUCUGUGCAUUUCGAUUCAACCCCAUUCCUCUUCCAAGUCUCCUACCUCAUCAACAAUUUCAAUUUCUCCCCAGAAUCCGCCUCCAAACUUUGCUCCACCAACCGUCUUUAUUUCAAAACCGCCCAAAACCCUGACUCCGUUAUCAACUUUUUUAGAAACUACGGUUUCUCUAAUUCCCAGUUAUGCGACAUCAUUACCAGGUCACCAUGGUUACUUUCCUGCAGCCUCUCCAAAAGGGUGUUGCCAAAGUUUGAGUUUCUUCUCUCCAAAGGUGCUUCUAACUCUGACAUUGUUAACCUUGUCAGUAAGAACUCUAGAGUCUUGGCUCCUAGCUUGGAGAAUCAUAUAGUCCCAACCUAUGAAUUGCUUUAUAGAUUCUUGCAAUCAGACAAGGAAGUUAUUGCUUAUGCAAUUCACACUCCAGAUUUACUCACUCACCGUCUUGUGCCGGGUAACAUUACAAUGCUGGUUCAGAAUGGAGUGUCUGACUCAAAUAUUCGGAGAAUUCUUCGAAUCAGGAGUCGGUCAAUGGAUGCGCGCGACAUGGGGGGUUUAGUCCAGGAAUUGACGGAUUUGGGGUUUAAUCCUUCAAAAUAUGUUUUUGCUGUAGCAUUGAUUGCCAAAACAUCAGUACCCAAAACUAGGUGGAAGGAGAAAGUCGAUGCCUUUAAGAACUGGGGUUGGUCUGAUGAAGAUGUUAUUGAAGCAUUUAAAAAGCAACCUUAUUGUAUGUUAACAUCCAUUGAGAAAAUUAACUUAGUGAUGGAUUUCUGGGUAAACCAAUUGGGCUGGGAUGCUAUGGCUCUCGCCAAACAACCCAACGUUUUGUGCUUUAGUUUCGAAAAAAGGAUCAUUCCAAGGGCCUCGGUUAUGCAAUUUCUUUUGAUGAAUGGUUUGAGAAAUAAGAACGUGAGCUUGACUUCUCCGUUUGUACCACCUGAGAAGGUGUUUCGUGAUAGGUUUAUAAAACGUUUUGAGAAUGAGUCUUCAUAUCUAUUAAACUUGUACGAGGAGAAACUCAAGCUUGCAUACACCGGGGACGAAAAUUGCGUGUCGUGAUUAGAUUUUCAGUGAUUCAUUCCAAGGGAAGACUUGUGUAGUUUCUAUUACUGAUGUGCAACAAGUUUCAACAUAUUUGUUGUCUUUUUGAGCCAAGAAAUUUCAUGGAGUUAUUUCAUUUUUUCAUUUAGGAAAAUAUCUUAUCCACCUCUUAAAUGUAGUUUGUCUCUUUUCUUUUGAAUACUAUAUUCUCAUUUUAUGAAGAAAUGAAAUAGAAGGGGAAUCAUUGAAAGAAUA